UGGCAGUGCUAAAAAACGCGGGGAGCUCUAACGUAUGUUUGCGAUUUGGAUGUGCACGUUGUUUUGUAAAUUCAUUACAUAAAUUGAGAAUAAGUGCAUCUAAGAUGUACGCCCUGCUCCGCCGCUUUGCCGGGGUAACCAACGUGGGCAGUCCCCUCAGAUGCUACGCUUCCUUCACGCCCAGGGAUGUGAUGCGGACCACCGCCGAGGAGACCGGCACCCUGAUCACCCGCUUCGCCAAGCACAUUGCGCUGGAGCGGCACAGGGAUCCAAAUCAUGUGCUGCCCAAGACGACGGUCCGGUACGCCGACUUCUUCCCCAUCACGGACGACCGGUACUUCCAGCGGACCGUGCAAAAAUUAGACCCUGCACAACUGCCGGCCCUGAUCAUCCAGGCCUCCAGCUAUCGCUCCAAUGCCGCUGUGCCCAUGUAUGUGGCCGCCAUAAACGGGUUGGAUAACCAUGCAGCCAAGCAGCUGGAAAAGAUGAACAUCGGCACUGUGCUGGAGACCUUGUACUCCUUUUUGUUCCUCAUACCCAGCUGGCUGAAGCGGACGGACUUCUAUCAGGCAGCCAUGCAGCGCUUGGUCCAGGAGGACUUCCGUGACAACAAGGAGCGGUUCGUCCAGGUGUGCUUCUAUCUGGGACUGCAGAAGAAGCAGGCCAAAUCCUCUGAUGACUUCCAGCAGUUCCUCGAGCAGCAUUUACCCAGCCAUUUACCUGCAUUGAGUGAAUUGGAUCUCGCUGUGAUCAGCAAUGCGGCCUACAAAACCUCCACUUUGGUUGCGGGGGAGGCGAGAAGUGCCUAUAAGUCAUGCCUCGUUAAUGCCAUAUUGAAUCUACAACUCACUGCCGGGAGCGACGCCUUGUUGGUCUCAUUUGUCAAGGCCUUGCGGUUGCAGCGAGUCAAGGACGAGCGGGUGUGUCAGCAUUUACAGGACAUUUGCCUGGAUCCCGCGAAGUUAACCCUCAUUGAGCCCCGAGGAUUGGCCCACAUCUUCGCCUUCUUUGCCGAACAGCUUUGGGAUCAGAAGGAGUGCCUUACGGUCGUCGUAGAUCGACUUAUGACAUUGCUGAAACCUGGAGAUCUGCGCGCCAAAGACUUGGCCACAUUCCUGUGGGCCAGCGCACAACUGAAUUGUGAAUUAUCUCCGGAGCAAGUCAGGCAACUGGAGCUGGCUGCCCUUCGAAAAUUGGAUCACGGGGAGUACGAUUAUUUCCCGGACAACCUUGUUGAUACCUGCCUCUCUCUUUGCACACUGGGACACUACUCAAAGGAUCUGAUUAAUGCAGCCGAAGAACUCAAAGCUGCCCAACGACGUCAGCGAGCUCAACCCAAGGUUGACAGUCGUUUGAAUGUCCUGCAAUCUGCCGUAGCCAUAGAGCAGACAUCCUUUGCAAAACUGAAAACAAAACAAGCCUUCAAGGAGUUCGAUCGUGCACCAACUUAUUUGCUAAGGGAUCGCCCGGACUUGACGAAAUAUGCCCAGGAGCUCAGUGAGGACGCUGAAGUGGAGGGCGUGGAUUUGGUGUGUCCCAUCGUUGGAAUAAAUUUGCCAAGUUUACGAGUACAGACAAUGGGCAGCCAGCAGAGUGUGUACUUCGUAGAACUACUCACCGCAGAACAGACCCUUAGGUUCAGCAAGAAACCCACUUCUUUAAUGCGCCUGAAGAAGAGGCUGCUGGAAUCCCUUGGCCAAAAGGUAGUCGUGCUGAACUCUACGGAAAUGGCCAAAAGUGCGAAUGAACUGCACCAGCUCCUGAAACCAGCAGCAGAUGGAAGUGUGGAAUCCGAGGUUGCCCAAGGCCUGAGCAACUAAACUUUGUGAUAACGAGGCCAGAGUGGCUUUCUAGGCUAGUUACAAAUCGUAGCUUUAUUUAACAGUGUUUUAUGUACUUGUACAUAUUUUUUAAAUAUUAAUAGCACUAAACAUAA